GAGGGAAAACUGAGCACUAACUCCGAGGCAACCAAACUAAACAAAGAUGGCGCCAAAACAUUGACUAGAGACUCACAAAAUCCAGUUGUUUUCACAUUUUGGUUAAACUGUGAAGACCUUAACCCAGUAGCGGGAAAAUGACAACUCUUCCCAUAUAUCGCGAUAUUUUAUUUCGCUCGGUUUUCCACGUUUGAAACGACACCGAAAUACUACCGUAACGUAAAGAAAUCAUGUCGUUUGGAGGGAGGUCAUUUAGGAAAGAAGACUUAAAAAAAGAGCUACGACUACUUGCCAAGAAGUCUCAAACGGAAUUUGCCACUCUUCAACCCAACGAGAAGGCAGCAAUUUUAGAGGAGUCAACGAAAGUUAAACUUCAUGACAAGAAAGGGUCAAAGUCAAAGAAAAAGAAACCUAGUGCUAAAAUCGAGGAAGACGUGGCAUUUGUUGAGUCGGAGCUUAGUUAUGCUGCUCCAAGCCCUUCUGUUGAUCUCGAGCUCGACUUUAGGGUUGGGACACCAAGUAACAAUCCUGUUUCUGCCAGGGAUACUGGACAGGAGAGGCCCUUUUCUCUGGCAUCGUCACAAAAGGUAGCUUCAAUCAAGGCCAAAGUUGAUUUGAAUGUUGUCAUGCAAGGAAAAAGCAUUGAUGGAGACAGGAUGUCAAAGGCAUCAAGUGUGCAAUCCAAACCUGCUCAGGCAAAUACAGUACCACUGUGUUCAUUGCAAAAGAAAAUGCCUGAGAAAACGACAUUAUCUCAGAGGCAAAGAUCAGCAAAAAGCCAAACAGGAAUAAAAUCCCCAGAACCCCCUGCUGCACCCGGCCCUAAACCAGCGAUCCUGAGCUCACAGAAUUCAACCAUGCAAAUACAGUUAGUAGAGAGGGAGUUAGCCCCAGCAAAGCAGCCUGAAAGGUCACUUUCAAAGGCAUCCAGGUCAAGCCAAGGAACUGUUAAGAGCGCAGGGUCUGUGCAUAGUGCUGUAAGCAAGAGGAGUGCUGCCUCUAGAAUGGAUCCCAUAACAAUACCAGAACCUUCCACAGAAGUCAUCCCUGAUUCAGAAGAGCUUCUUGACAAGGAGCAAUUCACUGAAGCUAGAGAUUCCCCUGACUACCUCACAGACGGCUCUAAAUCAAUUACUCCCAUUCCAAGGGAAGAAGCCAAUAGCAGUGAUAACGAAUAUGACCAUAUCCAUUCCGAAAUCAUGAAGAUGACCCAGACUCUGUCAAUGCCCGAUGUUGGACUAAUGAAUCUUUUGAAUAACCAAGAAAAUAAAAAUGAUAUAGCAUCUGAAUUAGCUGAUUUGCAAGCUCAGGCACUAAACACGCGAGCCCUGCUACAACAACCCUCCCUUGAGCAGGGAGGUACAGACUUCUCUGUGAUUGGGGCUAGCAAGUCUGUAUCACCCCGCCUACCACAGACACCUAAAUCACCUGGAGCAGGGCGUCAUAGUGGGGGUGAUGAUGGUGCAUCCACCCAGACAGGCAUGUAUCAGUCCUAUGUCAGCCCCAUGAAGACUAUUAGUGAAGUGAGGUCAAGAAGUGAUCAGAUAGAUUUGGAGACACAAAGAGGAAAAGAAAGUAAAGCUUCAAUAAAACCCAUCGCUUCCAGAGAGUGGACUGGAUUAGUAACACAUGAUUCAAACCUUGGCAACUACACACCUUUGACAGAGGAGAAAGCAAGAGAGGCUCUAGAACUUUCCCUUGAUGUGCAAUCAGAAGAUGUCAUUAAUGUUGCGGGCCAGAAGUCAACUUUAGUGGGGCGUGAGCUGCCCAUACCAGUCAAUAACAUCAAGAACAUGUCCAGCGACUUGCUUUCAGAGAUUGAACAGCGUAGAAGUGAGAGGAAAGUAGAGUUCUUAGGCUCCUGGAGUUCAAAAGACAGGGUUGCACCUGAGCACAAUGUGCACCACUUCUGUACCCUGGCAACUGAACAAGAACUGCCACCUGAAUUACACAGGUUGACCAGAGAUGUCCACACCCCUGAUAGGUUUUAUCUGGUCAGGCAGAGAUACCAACAAAAACAAAUGCAUGAGGGAGGUGAGUCCUUUGUGUACCGCUCAGAUGAGACCCUACCUAAUGAGGACGAGAAGGAGAAAGAGGAGAGGCGUUUAUCCUUGGUUGCACACCGCAUCCUUCAGGAAGCCAUGACUAUUGAUGUAGAUGAGACCAUGGAGCGGCUAAAGAAGGCUUCAGAUGACUUGUUUUUUGAUGAUGAAGAAGAGGAUGAAUCUUUGCAGAUUGCUGGUGUGCAAAUCACUUUGAAGGAUGACACGUCAAGAUUAUACUGGACUCCUGCACCACCCAAAAUGGGUCUCGAUCCUGAUACCAUCAGGUCCUACCUCUACCCAGAAUAUCAAGGGGCUGCCAUACUCCGUGAGAGCCUGGGCACUGAUCAUGUGACACUGGCGGCAGUAACAGAGAUCGAUGAGGAUGAGGAGGAGGAAGAGGAGGAGGAAGCAGCAGAGGAACGACAAGCUCGGAAAAGAACACUCAAUCGUGCGCAUGGAUCGCUUUCCGAUCUGACCAAGAUUCAAACAGUCAAAAUAAGUACAUCAACUCAGCAAGACUCUAAACCUGGUGACCCCACAGUUCCUGUACAACCACCAAACAGUGACGAGUUAACUUCCCAAUUAUCAGACUCUCAACAAAUGACAGAUGAACCACCAGACUCAGAUGGGGUGACCGUGGAAACGACAGACCCCGAUGAGCCAGCUGUGAGGUUUGUGUCUGUGAUUGACCAGCGACGACAGUUGCUGCGGGACCAGCAGGAAGGAGUUGGCGACCAGCAGGUGGAAGCUUUGCCACAGAACACUGAGAAGGACCAAGAAGCUCCUCUGUUAAGGCGAGCAUACUCAGAACCUCUUUUGGACUGGGACUCAGAAAAGCUGGAGCUGAAAGUUGCUUCAGGCUAUGACACGAGCAUAAGGGAGCUCAAUUACCAGAAAGACGUGAUUGCUGCAAUAAGGAAUAAAGAGCAAGAGCUAGAUGAACAGGAUGAGAAUGGCGGAGAAGAUGACAAAACAUCAAGUCGCAAAUCACGUGACAAGAGUAGAACAACGGGAGAGCGGGAAUCCGUACGUUCACAUAGCACCAUAUUAGACUUUCACAGGACAAACGGUGACAGCGAUGACGUCCAGACAGAAACAGAAUCCAUGUCAGUCACCACAGCAACCAGCCUUGCUACAGGCGUCAGCCGACCGCCCAAAAUGCCAAAAAUGAAACCUUUUAAACGGAAGCAAAAAAGGAAGUCUGUGAGGCAACUGGAUAGAGAACAGCGAAUCAGUGAAUUCAAAAUGCAACCAGCACAUAAAAUCACACGGUCUCGCUCCUUUCACACAUUGUCCCUGUUACGAGGCCAGUGGCUGGUCAAGGCUCAGACGUUGCUGCAAUCAAUUAAAGACAGUUGUAACACAUCCGGGGUCAAAAGAGGCAAGAGCUUGCCUUCUCUGCUGGACUUUAAUGAGUUUGUGAAAGAGAACUCAGUGGGGCCUGUCUUGGAUGAGUAUGAUUGGGUGAGGGAGCAGUACUGGUACAAAUGGUUCGACGAAGUCUACCCUCCAAGCACAGCAUCACCACAAAUCCAAUUCGAUUUAAUGAGCACCACGUCACCUCGGGCGCCUACUGGAGCGAGUAAGUCAAGUGGGACCGUCGUUAACAGUGCUAUACUAGACAAAGUUCAAGUAAUAGAACCCGAGAUCAGCAGUACCAACUACGAACUGUACAUGGUACUUUUGAUCAAAAUGGCCCUGAAGGAAGAAGCAGACAAACUUGACGUACUUAUUGAGGGGACAGAGAAGAGGGAGACUCUCGCCAUGUACCUCUGCCGGCGGGGGGCCAUUCAUCGUAAGGUUGGGGAGCUGAAAAAAGCCUGGGACGACUUGAACAAAGCAAUUGAGCUGGAGAACAUGCUACUGGAUGCAUACUGGCACAGACAUCUACUCUAUUUGCUACAAAACAACAAAAAGGCCGCCUUGGACGAUCUGACGUUUAUUAUCAAGCACAGCAGUAGCCAGGCACGGGCAUACAGGUCACGGGCGGAGCUAUAUCGACAAGAAGGCGACGCCACCAUGGCCAUCGUUAACUAUUCUCAGGCUAUCAAGCUGAACCCCAAUGAUGUCGAGACGUACUACCAGCGAGCAGCCAUGUUUAAAAUGCGUGGGGAUAUGCUUCUCGCUUUGGAAGACUACAAGAUCGCGUCACGUUUGCUGCCGAGCAAGACAGAGGCCAUGUUCGAGAUCGGCAUGUACCGAUUCAACAACGAGAAUUGGACUGGUGCAGUGAAUGACUUCACGGAAAUCCUGGAACAGGACCCUCAGGACUCCCGUGCCUACACUUACAGAGGAACAGUCUUUGCAAAAAUGGGUCAGUUCAGCAAGGCCUUACCAGAUCUAGCAGCGGGGGUGCACUAUAAUCCGGACAACGCGGUGGCUUUCUACCAACGCGGGUGUAUUCUUAGAAAGAUCCAUCCCCGCAGAGCGCUACAAGAUUUCAGCGUCUCUCUUCUUCUGGACGACUCAGAGGAGAACGUGAUGGCAUUCAUGCACCGCGGUAUACUUUACACCGAUCUCAAACGGUGGGAAGACGCGAUUCCCGAUUUCGAGGCUGCUAUCAGGCUGGACCCAUCGCUAGCAUCAGCCUACGUCAACAUUGGGCUUAUCUACAUCAUCAAGCACAGCAAUUACCAGAAGGCCAUCCGUCAGUACACGUCCGCCAUCCGCGUGGACCCCACGUACGUGCGCGCGUUGAUCUGUCGCGCGGAAGCCUUUCAGAAGAUGGGCAUGUUACAAGAGGCGAUCCUUGACUAUGCCCGGGCCAUCCACAUGAGACCAGAUGUGUCCGACUACCACAUGGCCAGGGGCAAACUGUUGCUGGAACAGAAGAAGUUAGACCUCGCCAGUUUCCAUGUCAAACAAGCCGCUCAGCUUAACCAGGGCCUGGGCGCUUCAGCAACGCAGCAAGCCGUAGUACACAGUUUCCUCAAGAACUUUGAUCAGGCUAUCGAUGUACUGGAACGUGCGACACGUGUCAAGCCAUCUGCGCAGAUAUUCGUCCUCCUCGGCAAGACCAACAUGAAGGCCAAAAGGUUCGAGGACGCCAUCUCGAGCUUUUUGAAGGCCAUCGAAAUACUGACACCAUGGAAUAGCCGCAACCCCAUGCCGCUAGAAGCUGCUGGCGUCUACUUCCUGAUUGGCAUGUGUCAAUCAGAGGUGCAUAACGACUCCGGCGCAUUAGAUGCUUAUAAUGAAGCCAUCAAAGUCAACCCUGAUUAUGCAGAGGCGUUCUACCAGAGAGGGCUGACAAAGAUGAAGCUCAGCCAUACUAAGGGCGUGCAUGACUUUAACCGAGCACUUGCCAUUAACCCAAAGCUUUUCCAGGCGUUUCUCAGUCGCGCUGCGUACUAUGGGAUGAAAGGUCGAUAUAGUAAGGGAAUCAUGAGCUGCAACGAAGCCAUCAAACUACAACCGCAAUCCGUACGCGCGUAUCUCUACAGGGGUGCGUUGAAGUACCACAUAAAGGCCUUCGGUCUAGCUGUGAAGGACUUAACAGAAGCUGUUGCUAUUGACUGCCGAUGUUCCCUCGCCUACUUCAACCGCGCCGUCUGUCACCACGAGAUGAAAUACUUUCAAAAGGCUUUGAUGGAUUACGGCACGGUUAUGCUUCUGGAGACCAAUCCAAACCUCAAGGUUCUACAGAAUCGCGGUCUGCUCUACCUGGAGAUCGGAGACAUCGAGAAUGCUUUAGAAGAUUUCAAAGCCGCAGCCAAGGUGUCUACGCUGAACCCCAAGAUUCGCCACACCCUAGGGCUCUGCUACCACAAGUUGAACAAGCUGGAGGAGGCCGUCGCGGCGUAUGACGAUGCCCUCAAGAUCGACCCGUUCUUUGUGGAGGCGUACAAUGGACGAGGCAACGCCCUCAUGGACUUUGGGCACGAGCAAGGAAAUGUCCUGGGCAGACGCGACUACCUCAAGGCUCUACAUCUUGAUCCUCUGUGCCUGUCCGCUCGUGUGAACCUGGCUUAUAACUUACAGGUCGAGGGUAAAUUUCAGGCGGCCUGGAAUCAGUUCUCUGCCGCAAUUGCCAUCGAUUCCACUUGUCAAGCCGCUCUCGAGGGAAGGGCAGUCAUCAACCUACAGAUGGGGAACACGUUUGGCGCUUUUGUCGACAUGAAUGAGGCACUCAAGAUCUCGAAGACGGCAGAACUUCUUAACAACAGAGGCGUGGUCCAGCAAUACAUGGGCGACUAUGUGAAUGCGGUGCGUGACUACCAGGCGGCCAUCAGGCUGGAGCCAUCAUACGCCCUCUCGUACUAUAACGCCGGCAAUGUGUACUUCAGGCAGAGACAGUUCAAGCAGGCGCUGAGCUAUUUUAAUAAAGCCUUGUCUUGGAUCGGAGAUGAUGAGUCUGCUGUGCUCAACCGGGCGAUCACCAAGGUGAUGCUGCGAGACGCAAAAGGUGCUAUACAAGACUUCAACCUAGCAGUUGAGUUGAACCCAUACGCAGCGCACGUAUACUUCAACCGUGCUAAUCUGUACACAUCCCUGCGCAAAUACAAGGAGGCCGAAGAGGACUACACCCGAGCGCUGAGUCUGAGGCCUGGGGAUGCCCUCGUUUACAAGCGGCGCGGUGACGUCAUGGGGAAGCUGUCCAAGCGAGAGGCUGCGAUACAAGACUACACGAAAGCGAUCAUCAUCAAGACGCGCACGCGCGAGGGCAGAGGCUAGGUCACCUAGUGAGUGCAACUGGUCGCGUUUUAUUGGUCUUUGUUAUGGAAAUAACUUGUUUGUAAAGUUGAUUUUUAUAUGGUAUUUUUGCCUCAAAAAUUGAAAUAACACUGGGUGCGUUAGAGUUUUUAAAGUUUGUACGUCAGAGUGUUUUAUAUUAGUUCUUCCCAACACCAGCACCAUUCAUUGUGCAAAGCUUAUUAGAUAACCCUUCCCGGGGAAGCCUCGCUUUAGGGACUAAUAUUCAGUUACUCUCUGCUUUUAUAAACAAUUUGUACAGAAAAUAAAAAGUAAAAGUAAACUUAGCAUUUGAGCUGA